AUGGUCACGUGCCUAGCGUGGCCUGCCACGGCCCAGGUGUACAACAUGAAUCGGUAUGGCAAACAGCAGUUGACCCAAAAACAGUAUCGAUACGGCAACCCGACAUGGGCAAACGGAGCUAAUCGGGCCGGUGGUUGGGCGUCAUCCUCAUACGGUAACAUGAUGAGACAUUAUCCGGUGUCAAUGGCCCGAUACGGAGCUAUAAUGGGCGGAGGUAGACAAACGCAGUCGCCAGACGACUAUUAUGAUGGCGAAGCUAGAGGAUCGGUCGCAUACGAUCCCAGCCCCAGACGGUACGACCGGUUGGACUACGCUGUAGUCAGGUAUCCGAAUUACGGUGUUGGUUAUGGUGGUUACGGUGGUUACGGUGGUUACGGUGGUUAUGGUUAUUAUCCGAUGACCAGUCUGGCCGCGUCGGGUGGUAGCGAUGGUGUUGUCGUUGACGACGAUUUGUUGUAUGACGAUGAUAACGAUGACCGUGACCGCGACCGCGAUGACGACGAUAACGACGAUAUGUUGUUUGGGGAUCAUUCCGGUGGUCAAAUGACUGCAGCAAGGUAUCCUAUGACGGACAAAAUACACAAUUUUCGGAAGGUGUUCAUGUCAAACCUCGUGUCACCAUCCAACGCGUUCAAGUCACCCAAAGAACGGCAGCUAUACGACUUUUGGGAGUCCCUGAUCAAUGGCGACUUGGAUGACAUGCAGCAGACCGACGAUACCAUCGGACAACAGCGUCUAGACCGCGAACGGCCACAGCAUCAGUCGCCCACUUCAUUGCUCUAUCAACAUCUGCCGCCGAUAUUUCUCAAGCUGCAGCAACAGCAGAAACAGAAGCUACAGAACCAACAGCACCUGCUGAAGCAGCACUACAAGUCGGUUGACGAUCAGACACCACCACCACCCCUGUCCCCGCCUUCGACAUCAUACUUGGCGUCGUCGUCGCCACUGCAUACCGUACCACGUGGAAAUUUCUACAAACAGUGGGCGAACGGAUCGCCACUAAUCAAGAGGUCUUCGGCUGGUGGAAUGCAGCAGACGAUUUUACCAUCGUCUUUAUCAUCAUCAUCUUUGGACAACGAGGACGUACGGCAGUUGCGUGAGCUAAAAUCUAACAACGGUAUCACCAAUACGACAGCCACAGCGACAACAAUGACCACGUCGACCACUACAACCACUUCCACGGUCGCCGGUGUGAGUACCGCGGCAGUGCCAUCGCCUCUCAUGGCAGACGGAGGACAGAGAGAGUUCGUGCUGCCCAGACCAGCGGGUGAGAAGACAGGUUUGGAGAGUCUGUUGGAGGUGAUCGCCGAAGGUGGUCUUCGUGGAAAUUACGGCGAUAACAGCAAUUUUUCCAAAGAAGCCAAAGUAAAUAAGAAAAGAUCAUUCGUUUCCGAUGAGACGUCAUUAGCAGCUCAACUUGGUGCGCUUCGAAAAAAUUAA